AGAACAAAAAAAAAAAAAUCCGGCAUCCAGAGUUCAGGACGGCGACCAGACGGAGAGAGAGAGGGGGCGGAAUUUUCACGGCCCUCUCUGUCUCCGAUCGCUCAUCUCUGCAGUGCCCUGGAAUUUUAGAGACAUUAUGCUUCUUAUGUUAUCUUUUUCUAGCUUUCUCUUUCUCUCUUUCAACAAUCGUUCGCAGAGAUCUAGAGUUUGAUGAGACGGUUGAAUGCUCCAACUCCUGCAGUCCAAACACGACAGAAGAUGGAUUCGUUAAAGCUCCAGUUUCGGCCCAACGCUCCUAGGUCCAACAACUUCUUCUCCCGAAUUUCUUCAACAAGCAUGAAACGCACACGACAUCUCUCGGUCUUCGUUGCCGUCGUACUGGCCGCCGCCGUGUUCUGUUUUUUGUUCAACAUCGUCAGAGGUUCCUUAAAUUCGCCGUUUUCGAAGAGAAAAUUUUCGAUUAUUAUCGACGGUGGGAGCACAGGCACUCGAAUUCACGUGUUUAGGUUCUCUAUCAACGAGAAAGGAAUGCCGCUUUUUUCUUUUGGGAAGGAUGGAUUGGUGUCGAUGAGGGUAAAUCCAGGUUUAUCUUCGUUCUCGGCGAACCCGAAAGAUGCCGGUAAUUCUCUGUUGGGGCUUUUGGACUUUGCCAAGCAGAGAGUUCCAAAGGAUUAUUGGGAAGAGAGUGAAAUUAGGCUCAUGGCAACUGCGGGUUUGCGGAGGCUUGAUUUGGAUGUUCAGGAGCGGAUAUUGGACUCCUGCAGGAAGAUUCUUCGGCGCUCGGGUUUUAAGUUUCAAGAUGACUGGGCUUCUGUUAUUACAGGUUCUGAUGAAGGAAUAUAUGCUUGGGUUGCGGCAAACUAUGCCCUUGGCAGUCUUGGAGGUGAUCCUCAGAAAACAACUGGAAUAAUUGAACUUGGUGGGGCUUCUGCUCAGGUCACAUUUGCUUCAAGUGAAACUCUGCCUCCUGAGUUCUCACACACUCUUAAGUUUGGGAAGUUCACCUACAAUCUCUAUAGCCACAGCUUGCUUCAUUUUGGCCAGAAUGUUGCAUACGAAUCAUUGCAGGAGUCGCUUAUUUCAAAAAAUUGGAAACUGUCCGCAGAAUCUGUUCAGGAGGCAAUAUCUAUAGAUCCAUGCUCUCCUAAAGGGUAUUCAUAUGGACUGCAGUCAUGGAGCCUUGCACCUGGAAUGCUGGAUGGGAAGAACAAAUUCCUUCCCACUCGUCAUGCUAGUGGUAACUUCUCAGAAUGUAGAUCUGCUGCAUUUAUGCUGUUGCAGAAAGGAAAAGAGAAAUGCUCCUACCGGCACUGUUACAUAGGGUCAACCUUCAUACCGAGGCUGCAAGGAAAAUUCUUGGCCACAGAGAACUUCUUUUAUACGUCAAAGUUCUUUGGACUGGCCCCAACAGCAUCUCUCUCUGAUUUGAUGUUGGCUGGGCAACAAUUUUGUGAAGAUGAUUGGUCAAAUCUCAAAAAGAAAUAUGGUGCUCUUGCUGAGAAUGAUUUGCAACGGUAUUGUUUCUCUUCAGCAUACAUUGUGGCGCUAUUACAUGACAGUCUUGGAAUUUCUUUGGAUGAUAAAAGGAUUGGAUUUACAAAUCAGGUGGGGGACAUCCCACUCGACUGGGCUUUGGGAACUUUCAUCUUGCAGAAUACAGCUAACCUAGACGUAGAACUCUCUGAUUGGAUUGCUACCAUUGCACGUGAUGAUUCAUCCGCAUUGAUCUCCCUGUUCUUUGUCUUAAGCAUAUUGAUUUUUACAGCAUGGUCCCUGUCAAGGUGGCGAAAACCCCAAUUAAAAACAAUCUAUGAUCUGGAAAAAGGACGUUAUAUCGUGAUGCGUGUAAACAGAUGAUUGCCUGCUUGAAGAGCUCACCACCAUUGCUCUUGGGUUUUGUAGAUGAGAGGAAGAAAGCAUGUAACUUUAUCACUUCAAUUAGUAUACUCGUCUCAUAUUUUGUAAUUUGUACCCACUGUUACAUUUUAGAAAUUAUCAUGUUAACGAGGCACCUUUGCUUCAAAAUUCAAAUGGUAUACUCAUAUUCGUCUCUCCUUCA